GGUGCACAACCAAUCUCAACGGAGACAGCGGAGAGCUCUCGAUCAAUGAAACCUACUUGAGAAAGCCAUCAAACUGCUCGUGGACAAUUGGUGAAGGCAGAAGUGAUAUCAACUUCAUAGUCAUCAAAUUUGAACCAUUUGAUCUGGGUGAUCAAUGUUUUGAAGAUCAAGACGUUUAUGUCGAAGUCGCUGAUGUGAAUCACGAGUUUAAAGUUAAAGAAUGUGGUGGAGGGAGGUCAUUUGAAGUACUGAUCAAAAGGCGCUCGGCAGUUGUCAGAUUUUACUCAGAGUCAGGUUACCAUACGCAUUGUGGAUGGUACGACCCGUAUUGCACUCACGAUACUCAAAAUAUCCGCCUGUCUUUCCAUGUUAUUUCAAAGAAACUGGCAGGCUUGACUGGAAAGAAGUGGAAACCUACUACAAAACAACAAAAACCUGGUGAAAUUACCAUUGAUUGGGAUCAAUCGACGCUGCCAUCAAAUAGCUAUAUUGUUGUACCGCUGUAUAACUUUACUACGAAAGAAGAGCCUCUCCUGUACAUCAUUGAACAUAGAAAUGACACAUCAAUAGCAGUGGAAUACCUUAAACCAGCUACUUUAUAUACGUUCAAAAUUGUUGCUUUCGAUCCCACGAAUACGACCGAGUCCUUUAUCGAAAGCUGUACGUCGUCUAUUAAAAUGAAAACUGACUCGAUAAGACUUAUCGGUGGAACGCUAUCCAACGAGGGAAGAGUUGAAGUAUUCAAAGACGGUUUAUGGAAUGAGAUAUGCUUACAUCGUUGGUCAUGGCAUACUAAGAAUGCCAAUGCUGUGUGUCGAUCAUUUGGUCUACCCGAUAUCUCUAAUGUUUUGCAUCAUGGAGAAUUUUUGGGGUCGUCUUUCCCAAUCCAAAUGCUAGAAUUUCAAUGUAAUGAAACGGCGACUACUCUCGAAGAAUGCCUGAAAGAUACACAAUCUGCCUGUAAGGGCUACGGCCGGCAAUCAUCAACUAGAGUGAUAUGUGGACAUCCACCUGUUUUUCAUCAAAAUAUCACUAAGAUGACUGGUGUUAUUACAAGUCCUGGAUAUCCAUCAUUCAUGAUGCAAGCCGAUUACCGCUGGAUAUUCAUGCCAAAUUUGACACGUGGACGCGUUGCUCUCUAUUUUGAUGUUCUGGAUUUGCGGCGGGGUUUUCAUGGUGACAGCAGUGUUUACAUCCAGGAUGUAGGUAAAGUGUACCGCAACCGCUUGUAUGAUGGAGUUACGACAGUACUGAGUUCACCAGGUCAACUUAAGUUCUACUCAUCUUUUUCAACGCGUCGACUGAUUAUUAAUAGACAGUAUGGCAAGGGAAUGCGAGUAAAGUACUUUUCCUAUAAUGAACCAGUGCCUCUUCUAAACAAUUGGACCAUAUCACUCUCGAGCUACAACUAUAACAGAAUCACUGCAAACUGGACUCAAAUUAAUGUUAGAGGCUAUGGUGUUUUUGGAUUUUUGAUAUCUUGCAAUUCAACACAAGAUUGGGCUAACGAAGCAGUUUAUGGGUUUGGAGAAAGCAAUUCAACAUCCGCGACUUGUAAAGGGCUGAUCGGGUACACUAACUAUGACGUGUACGUGUUGGUGAUGUUAAAGAAUGAAGAGACUGGGACGUGUACGGCAUACAAGAGUUUAAUGGCGUCAACAAAAACUCCUGAAUCAUCCCCAAGUGUUCUCCCUCAAAGAGUUUACAGCACUGAUAUUACACCAAAUUCAGCAGUUAUUGGCUGGAAGCCACUCCAAAGAAAAGAUACUCAUGGGGUACUUCUCGGAUAUACUGUAAAACUUUACCGUGAUUUCACUGAUACUUAUGACAAAGAAAUAAAAACUAAUGAUACAUCGGUGGUAUUUAAAGAUCUUUCACCUGCCAACGAGUAUAAAGUGGAAAUUAGAGGCUACACUGCAGCUGGAACAGGACCAUAUGCAUAUCGUUUUUUUUCAACAAAAUGUGGAGGUACUAUAAAAAGACAACUGUAUGGCAAGAUACAACUUGCAAAUGCUACCGAUUGGUCUGCUUCCUGUAUUUGGAAAAUUAUUGCACCCACUCCAAACACGCUGAUCGUAUUCAAUCUUGAAUCGCUGGAUAUACCAUUAUCCUUUGGUUGCAAGGACUCCUACUUGACCAUUAAGGACAUCAAAGGAAAUUCAGCCCAUGGAAGAUUGUGUGGCUCAAGGCAUUAUUUGUCUUUUGUCUCAUUUGGCUUUGCUGAAGUAAAACUUUAUUUUAGAAGAUCACGAAGGUCGACCCAUAUGACCUCCUCUUUCUUCAUGCUUGAAAAUGGACUUGAAAAUGUUCCAUCCAUCAAGUCAUGGAAAGUUUCGUCCUCCAUUAACAGUUCAACAUCAGUCAACGUCAGCUGGGAUAAAUACCCAGGAAAAGAAAGCGUCAGCAAAUAUGUUGUGAUUUGCACUGCUAAUAAUCAGCACAGAAACAUUUCAGUCUCCUCAACUGAUGGAAAAAACCUUAGUUCGGUGGUUCAAAACAUGUUGAAAAACACUGAAUAUAGAGUAGUGGUACUGGCAAUUCUUGGAAAUUCCUCGUUUUUYAACUUCACAAACGCUAAURUGACUAUGYACAAAAGUCAAGAAGUUGUUGUAAAAACUGCUGAAGAUGUUCCAGGUAAACCUCCUCAAAAUGUAAAAGCGAAGAACUUGGGGCCAAAUACUGUAGUUGUCAAUUGGAAGCCUGUUGACAAUGAGUUCACUAAUGGUGUAGUUGUUGGAYACUAUGUUUACUAUCAAGUGGCAUGGAAAGGUUUAAGUUUUUGGAAGAAAGAAUACAUAAAGUCUAAUGAAACAAAGGUCUAUCUCAAAACUUUGAAGAGUGCUACACGGUACAGGAUCGAAUUGGCGGCCGCCACAAAAAUUGGCGAAGGUCCAAGAAGCAGAGGAAUAUUCAUCACAACAGGAUGCAGCCAGCGAACUCUAACUGACAAACGUGGGAUAUUCGCUUCACCUAACUUUCCAAGUAACUAUCCAUCAAAUGCACACUGUACUUGGAGAAUUUCUCCGCUUACCUCAACACAAAAAAUCGUGAUUAUAUUUGAAGACUUUGAUGUCGAAGAAGGCUAUAACGGAAUUUUCAUACGUUUAGCGGUUGGCAACAAAAAUGCCACUGCAGCAUCAUUGUCUUGGGAGGUACCCUCGUCCAUGGCAAGUUUCAUCGAUUGGUUUUAUGUUUUAUACAAACAAGAUGAAGGAGAUCAAAAUUGGAAAGUACUCAAAACAGCAAAGUUAAAUGUGGACAUUGGUGGCCUUCUCUCUUCUACACAAUAUAUUGCCAAAGUCAUUGGAAAUAGCAGUGCAACAGGUUACUGGAGUAGUCCAGUGAAGUUCAGGACAUCACAUU